AACAAACACAGAACUGUUAAGUGAAUGUGGACUGUGGGGGCAUUGGCUUUCAAAUGCCUACUUGGCGAAAGAUCCGAAGCAGAUCAAUUCUCUCCGACUUUCUCUCUCUCUCUCUCUCUCUUUCUCGCCGUGAGCGCAGAAAAAGAAAAAGAAAACUGAAAAUCUAAUCAAGAAGCUGUCGGAAAACACUUCUUGCCCGUGUAGGAUCUUUAUAUCAACCACCUAUCUUCUCCUGCCUUCCUUUUAGCUUCCUCAUAACAUUAAUUCUGUGUCUUUUCUUCUUCUAUUAUGCUCAGAUUGGAGGAGACUAUACAUUGAUUCAUGUGCUUAGAUUUUGAUAAAUUCUUAACAGCUAUGUCGUCGAAUUCAGAGUUGCUUCUCGUCAAAGAAAAUAAAGAAAAGAUCGAAUACAAUCUCUUGGAGAGACCAACCGUAGAUUUUACUGAUUCUGAUGAAACUGGGAUUAUUACUCUUCAGUGGCAUCAACAAGAACAAGAAGAAUCCAAGACGAGAGAUUCUUUAAGGCCGCUAUCUCUCGGAGAAUUGGAGGCAACCGAAGGUGAUAAUUAUGGAUUCAAAACACCAGCAUCUUUGGAUCACAAAAUCCCAGCGAUCAAACAGUGCCCACCAGCACCAAGAAAACCCAGGCCUGUACUUUCGACUAAAAGAAAAGUCUCAUCACCAAACAUACGAAGAAGUCUACAACUUGAUCUAUCUCAACAAGUGGAAUCGCUUUUUCCUAGGCCUAUUCUUGCUGAUUUGUAUCAGAAGAUGAAGAAAGCUCGAAGAGACAACGAUGACAUUGACACCCAUUGAAUUACGAAUACAUAUAUGUAAUAAUGAUGCAAUUGGGAAAAUUAAUUAGUUUUAGUUUUCUUGUUUUUGUCUAUGAAAUUAUGGGAUGAGAACCUGAGAUCUUGAUAAGAUGUGAUUGGAGUAGGUAGCUAGCUAGGACCCAAAUGAUCUUGUAAAGUUAAAGUUGCAAAAUAUUAAAGAUUUAGGAAAAAAGAAGGAUGGGGAAUUCCAACUUUACUACUGCAUCCAAGGCUCUUUUGUACUCAAGGUCUUAUGCUGUUCUAAAGUAAGAGAAUUUAUUCUCAGAGACUUGAACAGAACAAGAAGCUUCUACCUGCCAAAUUUU